UAUUGCUUGCUAUACCUGCAAAUAUUAAUUAAUGGCUUCAUCCUCACUUCCUCUUCCUUCCACAAACCAUGGCCAUCCACCCCAUAUUGUCAUCUUUCCCUUCAUGUCCAAAGGCCACACCAUCCCACUGCUCCAUCUAUCUCAUCUUCUCUUGCAUCGUCGGAUUACGGUCACUGUUAUCACCACCAAUGCCAACAGACCUUUCAUUGCUCAGUUUCUUGACUGGAGCUCCCAUGAUUCUAAUAUCAUAGACCUGCCUUUUCCUACUGAUCAGGUUGAAGGACUACCUCCAGGAAUAGAGAGCACCGAUAAGCUCCCUUCUAUGUCUCUCUUCCCUUCAUUUGCCGCUGCAACCAAGCUCAUGCAGCCACACUUUGAACAAGCACUCCACAAACUCUCAUGUGUCACCGCCAUCGUUUCUGAUGGGUUUCUUAGUUGGACGCUUGAGUCUGCAAAUAAGUUUGGGAUCCCUCGCCUCUCCUUUUUUGGUACCAACAACUAUACAGGUGCCGUGGGUCACCAAGUUUAUUUAAACCGGCUCUUAUCUGGACCUAAGUCCGAUGAUGACUUAAUCACCGUUACCGGGUUUCCCUGGAUCAAGAUCACCAGAAAUGACUAUGACGAGCCUCUUAAUCAGCGGGUUCCAUCAGGUCCUCACCUCGACUUUAUAAUGGAGACGGGCAUAACAACAGCGAAUAGCUAUGGCCUCAUUUCUAACAGCUUCUACGAGCUAGAACCACUGUUUGUAGACUACUUAAAUCGCGACCCAAAGCCCAAAGUUUGGUGCGUGGGACCCCUGUGCUUGGCCGACCCACCACCAAAGGUUGACCCUGGUGCAAACCAGCCCAAAUGGAUGGAGUGGCUAGACCAAAAGCUAGCUCAAGAAUGCUCCGUGUUAUACGUAGCAUUCGGUUCUCAAGCAGAGAUAUCAAGACAACAGUUGGAAGCAAUAGCAAAAGGUUUGGAAGAAUCCGAAGUGAAUUUCUUGUGGGUGGUGAGGAAGAAUGACGAGGAGACGAGUGUUGUUAUGAAGGAUCUUGAAGAAAGAGUGGGCGAAAGAGGGAUGGUUGUAAGAGAAUGGGUGGAGCAAAUGGAGAUUCUGAAGCAUGGGAGCGUGAAAGGGUUUGUGAGCCACUGUGGUUGGAACUCGGUGUUGGAGAGUAUAUGUUGGAAGGUGCCAAUACUGGCAUGGCCCAUGAUGGCGGAACAACACCUAAAUGCAAGGAUGGUGGUGGAGGAGAUUAAGGUGGGUCUAAGGGUGGAGACGUGCGAUGGGUCUGUGAGAGGGUUUGUGAAGCCAGAUGGGUUAAAAAAGAUGGUGAAGGAGCUCAUGGAAGGAGAAAAUGGCAAAGAAGUGAGGAAGAAAGUUGAGGAGAUUGGUGAGGGUGCAAAGAAAGCCAUGGCAGAAGGGGGGUCGUCUUGGAGGACAUUGAAUGAACUGAUAGAGGAGUUACAGAGGGUAAGAAACUCCAAUGGAGUUAUAAUUAAUUAGUAGCCAAGACACGAAGGAAUCGUCAAAAACUUCUGGUUUUAUGAGCAACUAAAAAGUAUAAACAAAGAGUUGACUCAUUUUGGCAUACUUAUAUCUCAUCAAACAUUA